AUGCCGUUCAAAUCACGAUGGUCACUGACCGUCCCAAACGUUUCUCUUCCAUCGUUUAUGUUCGGAACCCCGGAAUCCGAGAUCAACGACAGUGAGAAACUCAUCAUCGAUGCAAAACGUCCCGAAACGCAUUAUUUGACCUUGUAUAGCUACCGUGAAUGGUCUAAGAGAUUCGCAGCGGGCUUAGUCGAAGCCGGUAUACAGAAAGGAGACCGUGUAAUGCUCUUUUCAGGCAACGGGAUAUUUAACCCGAUAGUUGUCCUGGGCACUCUGAUGGCUGGAGCAAUCUACAACAGCGCAAAUCCAGCAUAUACGCCGCGCGAGCUACGCCAUCAGCUACAGGACUCACAGCCUCGCUUUGUCCUAGCUGCCGAUAACUGCAUAGAAAGAGCACUGGAAGCGGCAGAUGAGAUUGGAUAUGACAAGAAGAACAUUUUCUUGUUCACUGAGCUGCCGAUCCAGCUUGAUGUGAACCUCUCCCGCACUGACAGGCAGCACUGGGGCUCGCUUAUCGCCGAUCUGGAUGUUGGUCGCCAAUUCGCGUGGCAGACUUUCGACAGCAGAGCUCUUGCUGAGCAGACCGCGGUCCUGAUCUAUUCAUCUGGCACCACCGGGCUUCCGAAAGGGGUCGAACUUUCGCACAGAAACAUCAUCGCCAACAUGCUGCAGCUAGAGAAAAUUCAGCUUUCAGAUAAGACCAUCAAGAGCCGGAAAUGUCUCUGUGUUGUUCCUCUGUAUCAUGCUCUGGGCUUGGGCUAUUACAUCUUUUUCGCACCAAGAUUCGGGUUGAAGACGUAUCUGAUGGAAAGAUACAAUUUGACGGAUAUGCUAGAUCAUAUCCAGCAAUUUGAAAUCACCGAGCUAGUGUUGGUGCCGCCGAUUCUCGUUGCGAUGGCGAAGCAUCCGUCCGUCCGAGACGGGACUUACAACAUCACCAGUGUCACGAAAGUGGUUGCGGGAGCUGCUCCCAUUGGCAUGGAGGUCACCACGCAGUUCGAAGAAUUAUGGAACAGGAAAAUACUUGUGCGACAGGCAUGGGGCAUGUCGGAGUUAGUUGCCCAUGGAGAGUUUGUCCUGACAUUGGAUGAUGUGAUUACUGACCAUGUCACCAGAGCCCCUGCUAUUACUUUGUGCUGGGAUGAGCGUUCUAGGAUUAAGGAUUCCUCAGUGUCGAUCGGUGAACUAGUACCUGGAGCAGAGGCUAAGCUCAUGAGAGAGGACGGAACCGAAGAGAUAAGAGUAGGUGAACGUGGUGAGUUUUGGAUUCGCACCCCGAACGGCAUGAAGGGUUAUUGGAAGAAUCGUGAGGCCACGGACGAGACAUUGACGAGCGACGGGUGGCUGAGAACGGGUGACGUUGCCUACCGUGAUGAGUUUAACAGGUGGUACAUGGUUGAUCGGAUCAAGGAACUGAUAAAAGUGCGUGGUUCACAAGUUGCUCCAGCGGAGCUUGAGGCUCUGCUUCUUGAGCAUCCUCAAAUUGUCGAUGCAGCUGUCAUUGGGAUCAAAACGCCCACGGGAGACGAGAACCCCCGGGCAUAUGUCGUACUUGCGCCACGCAAGCCUGGCUCGAGGUCCAUCUCCGAGGCCGAUGUGGUCUCAUUUGUCAGUUCUCGCGUGUCCAAGACUAAACAUCUGACGGGAGGAUGUGUGUUCAUUGAUGCCAUCCCCAAGAACCCAUCUGGUAAGAUUUUGAGAAGGCAGCUAAGGGAAUUAGCAGCUAAGGAUGGCGAACUCAAUGCGAAGCUGUAG